CUUGGGUCUUGCCGUUGAAAAAUCCGUACAGGUCGUCUCACGCCAAUUCUGUUGAAGUUGCAGUAGUGGUCUCUGUGGGUCCCGGUUAGUUGGCGCGUGGGAGGCGCGUGUCUCCCUGGUAACUGUAUAAAAAAGGGAAGAAAAAUUGCCAUUAACCAUCAUCAGCAUCAGCAUAGAGGCAGAGGAUACCCCAGGCCAAGAGUUGAAGGAGACAUGGCGUGCUGUGCCUGAGAGCGGAUGAUUAGGAGUCCGUACUCUCUGUGAGGAUAAGAAGCAGCAGGAGAGAGAGGCUGAGAGCGCUCAACCUCCAGCACUGCGCAGCCGUCAGAUAUUGCCGGCUUGUACUACUGCUGCAAAACCCUACAAAUACCGCCACUCGGUACUCUCUCCCAUCAUACGUGCUCAAAAGCAACAGUUGGAACUUGAAAUUAUAUUGCAGUUUGGAACCAGAAAGCAUGCAAAUGAAGGAAUCAGGCAUGAUAGAGGAACAGCUUGGGAUGGACGGUGAAGCCCAUGAGAAGCCGGAGACCACGUAUGAGGCGGUGAGGAGGCUGGGCUCCAGCAAUGCGGUGGUGGUGUUCAGCCUCAGCGGCUGCUGCAUGUGCCACGUGAUGAAACAGCUGCUUUUCGGCCUUGGAGUAGGACCCACUAUCGUGGAGCUCGACAAGGAGAAGUAUGGCUCCGAAAUGCAAUCCGUCCUGUACCAGCUCGCCGGCGGCCAGCAUUCUGUCCCGGCUGUCUUUGUGGGUGGCAAGUUCUUGGGCGGUAUCGAAACUCUCAUGUCUUGUCACAUUAACGGCACCUUGGUCCCUCUCCUGAAAGCUGCCGGAGCUCUCUGGCUAUAACUUCAUCAUCACCGGAAUAUCCAACCAACUCCUAUUACUAGAAUUUCCCUAUUAUAUUGUCUACUUUUACCCGUCUUUUUAUGAUUAUAAUCAGACAUACAUAAUUGUACAGUGAACUGAGCUUGUUUGUUUUUGGAAGGCUCAUAUCAAGAAGAUGAAUGUUAUUUGGGAUAUUAGAUAUCAAUUAAUAUGAAAUCAACUAUCUAUGGAA